AUGACAGAACUUGAAGGAGCAUCUCGCGACGUCCCCAACGAGUCCGGCGAGACGCCAACGAUGAACGCUUUGGCCAGCAUGGUCCAGUCGGUAGUCCAAGAAAUGAAAGCAAUGAACCGACGAAUGGAUCAGCUGAGCGAGCCCGUUAACCUCGAAGACGAGGACCUCGACUACGAAGAGGGCGAACUGGAGCACGGAGAUGCUGACAGAGAAUCAAUUGUUUCUCUCGAUACAAAGGUCAGCGAAUUGACCAAAGCCCGCGAGGCGGGAAACAACAAAUCAAAGAGCACUAGUGCUCUUCAUGAUAUAGCUAAGGAUCUCGAUCUGAGUGAGAAAACUGGGAGCGCUGUGGAUGAGGAACUGGCUAACAUUGUGAAUAGUCUCCUCAGAGACAAAAUUCCAGACGAAAAGACCCAAGCAAAGGUGGAUCAAUAUCCUAAGCCUGCGAACAUCGAGGGGCUUAGAACGCCACGAGUAAAUCCACUAAUUUGGAGUCAUGUGAAAACAGGUUUUUGCCUUCACAAAUGAACGGACGGACGGGGACAACUCUUAAAAACUCUUUCUGGGUAAAGGCUUUCCUUGGGGGCACUCGCUGGCUGCGGGAAGGUAACCGGAAUCUAUUACGGCUGCUGACUAUCCUUGAGAGAAUGACUAACAACAACAGGGUUGGCUCCAACAUAGAUUUAUUCUGCAAGCUCUACUACAAUUUUGACCAGAACGGACCUGGCCAGGGCUGGUUCUACCCUGCUCUUCUCCCUUCUCUCUUCCUACUCCUAGGCUUUACAGAACAGUCCUAUUUAAGCUUAACGUACAUGGAUAACGUAAUGCCAUGAAUAAUCUAACGAAUCAUGUAAUCUAAUACACUAUUAGCUAAGUAGGAAUUUCGCCUUUUACAACAUUAAUUACUUUCAAAGAGUUCCGGUGGAUAACAGUUACACAAAAGGACAUGACAGGUGGCUGUUACAGUUUAGCACUAACAACAACUGUUUACGGGUGACUGAAGGAGAACUGGUAGCGUUUACGCUUUGCUGAACUAAGUUUUCUACGUUGAAUAUUGUAUUUUUAAGCGUAAGCAUGAAAGAACUCGAUAACUAAAAAUCCUAUCGUUACAGUCAGCUCCCAGCACAAGUCCGCACACAGGACUCAAAACAUCAAAAGUCACAAAAUUCACUUGUGGCAGCCGUUGUCGCUAUUACCAAAGCGACGGAUAUUGUUCUGAAACAAAACCAAUCAGACAACAAAGAGCUCUUGACCACUCUCACCGACGGCAUUGCUUUGGCAAUGAAUUGCCUGCAUGAUAUGAAUAGCACUAGACACCAGUCGAUGAAGAAAGAUCUGCACAGGGACUAUGCCGCUUUAUGCAAUGCCACAACAGUCCCAUCAUCGUCCGCAUUCUUAUUUGGCGAUUUGUCUAAGCUGACAAAAGAUAUCUUGGACGCCAAUAAGUUAACGAAGAAAGUAAGACCGGCGUCACACAGUAGCUCACGUGGCCAGAAAUCUACAUUUACAAACCAUUACUCCGCAAACCGAAACCGACGCUUUGCUCCCUACGCUUACUCAAGAGCUCGCUACAACGAUAAUAAUAAUUUUUUAUCGAAAAGCCGCUCUCUGCCGAUGAAAGGGAAAAAGGAGGGCAUAACCAAGUAA